UGCUAAAUGCUUCCUGUUCUUUUAAAUCAGCAUUGAUGAUGCACUUCAGGUUAAGAUUACAGACAAUGCGCUCUCGCGGGACCUAUUUCCUAUGGAUUACCAUUGCCUGGGAGAUAAUGAAAACAGACCAGUUCGAUGGAUGGCUCUUGAAAGUCUGGUUAACAACGAAUUUUCCAGUGCCAGUGAUGUGUGGGCCUUCGGCGUCACGCUGUGGGAGCUGAUGACUUUGGGACAGACUCCGUAUGUCGAUAUCGAUCCCUUCGAGAUGGCUGCUUACCUAAAGGACGGCUACAGAAUCGCUCAGCCCAUCAACUGCCCCGAUGAACUGUUUGCUGUGAUGGCCUGCUGUUGGGCCCUAGACCCUGAGGAAAGACCCAAGUUUCAGCAGCUGGUGCAAUGUCUAACUGAAUUUCAUGCAGCAUUGGGAGCCUACGUCUGAAACUCCAGAAAAGAUUGAAUUCAGUAAUUGGGAGAAGAGAUGGCAUGCGUUUCCAGCUCCAUACGUCACUCGGACUCAUACACGUGAUGUGUAUAAAGCAACACUAAAGGGAGAAAGCACUUCUUCCAAAACACUGUGCCUUAGAAUGCUUUAGUAGCCUGAAGGUUUUUUGUAAGACCUCUUGAUGUUGAAUAUUUUCUAGAUAUCACUUUUGCUAAGUUAAAUCAAGACCUUUUUAUUUGCCAGCAGGUUUUUUUUUUUUUUUAAUGUAGUGAUAGUGAGUGAAUCUGAACACAAGAUUUGGAUGGACUUUGCACUGUUACAACCGACACUUUUUUUUUUUUUUUUUUUUUUUGGAAGGGCAUAUGGAGCUGGUGGGAAAGGAGGAUAGGGGAGAUUAAUGCAAAAACAUACUGCAGAAAACUUUCCCUGCUUUUUGAAGUUAAAUCGUUAUGACCAACUCUAGUUUUGUUCUUGUAUGUAUCUGGAAUAGCUUUUUAGUAUCAGCUGUUUCUGAGACAACAGCACAUUGUGGUUGGACCCACAAGCGGCAUCAUUUUCUUUUUAUUUUUUUUAACUCAUUCACAAACAACUUUUGGAAAAGCUGGUCUUCAAGAUGCAAUAUCCUCUCUUUAAAGCUGCAAGCAGUUAUGUAAAAGUGAUUCCAGUUUACCUCAUAGAGAGAGUGGGGAAAAGUGGGGAAAACGGUGCCCCUCUUUGUAGGAAAAAGGCUGAUGUGAUUUAAGAUGAUUUUACGUGCUAAAUAGAGGCCUUCAGAGAAGUGCCAAAGCAGCCCUUUUUGUGGGAGUCUUUCACCUCAGACUUCUGGAUUGCAGUUUCUCUUUUUAAAAAGGUACUGAUUGUUUUUAUGGGCUUUUAUGGCCUGAAACGGGCUUAAAUAUAUAAAUAUAUAUUUGUAAAGACACUUGGCAGAGUAAAGAAUGUUUUUCUAUUACACCUAAUGUGAA